AUGGUGAUGCCUCUGGCGCUGGACGCGGGGCUCGUUGCAGAGGAAGGUGCCAACUGCCCAACUGUCAGUGGGGACAUAGCCAGCCUGUCAGCGUGGCUUCUUGACACCGCGAAUCUUACGAGUAGUAGAUCACUAUCCCGUGUAGAUUGGUUUAUUGAAGAAGAGUGGAGGACCCGUCGUCCUUGCCCUUGGAAAAAAUAAUAGAAGCGAAGGAAAUCAAACUUACUAGUAAUCUGGGGGGGAACUACGAGGAAAGCACCCCACUCGCACUCAAGAACCAUUUCACUUCCAGGGAUACAUAUAGAUCGACUACCUUUAAAAACCGCGCAGACUCAAUGUUUUGCGCUUUUAAAGCUUUCAGCGAGGACGACGACUACCACCUGGCCCGGGGAAUAGAUUCUCCUGCUUCUCGCGAAAAGCGGGAUGAGAGACGCACAACAGAUGAGCAUGUGCACCCUGCUUCUGCUCCACAUGAAGUAAAGGCCGUGUGGGAAGGACUCUACGUGAGGCAGGCGUGGGAGAGGACCGCCGCCAGGCUGGAUUUGCAGGGCAAAGGUGAC